AUGGAAGCAAGAGCGCCAGUGCUGGUCCUAGCAGUGACGCUGUCCUGGAUCUUGGCCACCGGCGUUGGCGCGGCCGGCGGCGACGAGCGGGCGGCGCUGCUCGCGCUCAAGGCGGGCUUUGUUGACUCGUUGGGCGCGCUCGCCGACUGGAAUGAUGGCGGCAGGGCCUCGUCGCAUUGCAGCUGGACAGGCGUCGGGUGCAACGCCGCCGGCCUCGUGGACCGCCUUGAGCUCUCGGGGAAGAACCUGAGCGGCAAGGUCACGGACGACGUGCUCCGGCUGCCGGCGCUCACCGUCCUCAACCUCUCCUCCAACGCGUUCGCCGUCGCGCUGCCCAAGUCGUUCGCCGCGCUGUCCAACCUCCAGGUGUUCGACGUGAGCCAGAACUCCUUCGAUGGCGCGUUCCCGGCCGGCCUCGGCUCCUGCGCUGACCUCGUCACCGUCAAUGCCUCCGGCAACAACUUCGUCGGCGCCCUCCCCGCCGACCUCGCCAAUGCCACGUCCCUCGAGACCAUCGACCUGAGGGGCAGCUUCUUCGGUGGUGACAUCCCGGCGGCGUACCGGAGCCUCACCAAGCUCAAGUUCCUGGGCCUCUCCGGCAACAACAUCACCGGCAAGAUCCCGCCGGAGCUCGGAGAGCUCGAAUCGCUCGAGAGCCUCAUCAUCGGGUACAAUGUGCUCGAGGGAGGCAUCCCACCGGAGCUCGGCAACCUCGCCAACCUCCAGUACCUCGACCUCGCCGUCGGCAGCCUCGACGGGCCCAUCCCAGCUGAGCUCGGCAAGCUUCCGGCGCUCACCUCGCUUUACCUGUACAAGAACAACCUCGAAGGCAAGAUACCGCCGGAGCUCGGCAACAUCUCGACACUCGUCUUCCUCGACCUGUCCGACAACCUGCUGACGGGCCCGAUCCCCGACGAGAUAUCGCAGUUGAGCCACCUCCGGUUGCUCAACCUCAUGUGCAACCACCUCGACGGCACCGUGCCGGCGACCAUCGGCGACAUGCCGAGCUUGGAGGUGCUCGAGCUGUGGAACAACUCCUUAACCGGGCAGCUUCCCCCGUCGCUCGGCAAGAGCUCGCCGUUGCAGUGGGUUGACGUGUCGUCAAACUCCUUCACCGGCCCCGUGCCUGCUGGGAUCUGCGACGGCAAGGCGCUCGCCAAGCUGAUCAUGUUCAACAACGGCUUCACCGGCGGGAUCCCGGCCGGGCUGGCGUCGUGCGCCUCGCUGGUGCGCGUGCGCAUGCAGAGCAACCGCCUCACCGGCGCGAUCCCCAUUGGGUUCGGCAAGCUGCCGUCGCUGCAGCGACUGGAGCUCGCCGGCAACGACCUAACGGGAGAGAUCCCCGGCGACCUCGCGUCGUCGACGUCGCUGUCGUUCAUCGACUUUUCCCACAACCACCUCCAGUACUCGCUGCCGUCGAGCCUCUUCACGAUCCCGACCUUGCAGAGCUUCUUGGCGUCAGAUAACAUCAUCUCCGGCCAGCUCCCCGACGAAUUCCAAGACUGCCCAGGACUGGCAGCGCUGGACCUGUCGAACAACCGGCUCGCCAGCACGAUUCCGUCCAGCCUGGCCUCGUGCCAGAGGCUGGUCAGGCUCAACCUCAGGCACAAUCGGCUCACCGGCGAGAUUCCGAAGGCGCUCGCCAUGAUGCCGGCGAUGGCCAUCCUUGAUCUGUCAAGCAACUCCUUGACCGGCGGCAUACCUGAGAAUUUCGGGAGCUCGCCGGCGCUGGAGACGUUGAACCUGGCGUACAACAACCUCACUGGGCCCGUGCCCGGGAACGGCGUCCUGCGUUCCAUCAACCCCGAUGAGCUGGCCGGCAACCCUGGGCUGUGCGGUGGCGUGCUCCCGCCGUGCUACGGGAGCCGUGACACGGGCCUGGCGGCGCGCCCCCGCGGCAGCGCGCGCCUGAAGCACAUCGCGGUGGGGUGGCUCGUGGGGAUGCUCGCCGUCGUCGCCGCGUUCACGGCUCUGCUCGGCGGGCGCUACGCGUACCGCCGGUGGUACGUGGACGGCGCCGGGUGCUGCGACGACGAGAACCUCGGCGCGGAGUCCGGGGCGUGGCCGUGGCGGCUGACGGCGUUCCAGCGGCUCGGGUUCACGAGCACCGACGUGCUGGCGUGCAUCAAGGAGGCGAACGUGGUCGGCAUGGGCGCGACCGGGGUGGUGUACAAGGCGGAGCUCCCGCGCGCGCGCGCCGUGAUCGCCGUGAAGAAGCUGUGGCGGCCGGCGCCGAUGGACGGCGACGCGGCGGCGGCGAACGAGCUGACCGCGGACGUGCUUAAGGAGGUGGGCCUCCUCGGGCGGCUCCGGCACCGGAACAUCGUGCGGCUGCUGGGGUACAUGCACAACGACACGGACGCGAUGAUGCUGUACGAGUUCAUGCCCAACGGCAGCCUGUGGGAGGCGCUGCACGGCCCGCCGGAGAAGCGCACGCUGGUGGACUGGGUGUCGCGCUACGACGUCGCCGCCGGCGUGGCGCAGGGGCUGGCGUACCUUCACCACGACUGCCACCCGCCGGUGAUCCACCGCGACAUCAAGUCCAACAACAUCCUCCUCGACGCCAACAUGGAGGCCCGCAUCGCCGACUUCGGCCUCGCCCGCGCCCUGGCCCGCACCAACGAGUCCGUCUCCGUCGUCGCCGGAUCCUACGGCUACAUCGCGCCAGAGUACGGGUACACGCUGAAGGUGGAUCAGAAGAGCGACAUCUACAGCUACGGCGUGGUGCUGAUGGAGCUGAUCACGGGGCGGCGCGCGGUGGAGGCGGAGUUCGGCGAGGGGCAGGACAUCGUGGGGUGGGUGCGGGAGAAGAUCCGGAGCAACACGGUGGAGGAGCACCUGGACGCGCACGUCGGCGGCCGGUGCGCGCACGUCCGGGAGGAGAUGCUGCUGGUGCUGCGCAUCGCCGUGCUCUGCACGGCCAGGGCGCCGCGGGACCGGCCGUCCAUGCGCGACGUCAUCACCAUGCUCGGCGAGGCCAAGCCGCGGCGCAAGAGCGGGAGCAGCGGCGGCAAGGACGGCGCGGCCGCCGCCCCCGCCGUGGUGGUGGACAAGGACAGGCCGGUGUUCAGCACCACGCCGGACUCCGACUACGCCUAGGCGCCAUAGCUUCUCUCCCCUUUUUGUUUCUUUCAGUCUCAGUGCCUGUUAAUGAUUUGUUCAUGUACGUAGAUUCUGAUGCAGGGUUUUGAGCCUGUAACCACAAUGUUUGCUGUGAAGAUUAACUAGCCAUAGAUCACGUAGAUUAUGAAUGUAAGCAGGUGAAUAAUAAGCUCAGGUAUUUUUAUUCAAAUUCAAAUACAUAUAAAGAAAGAAAAAAAAACUCAAAUGAGCAUGCUUGUUUU